GGUUUUCUAACCUAACUGCAUUCCUGUGAUACAAAUGUGUUUGUUAGUUUACCGGUGUUAAAGCUGGAUAUACACAAAGGCUUUCAGGCUAAUUUAGGACAGUAAGGACAGUUAUAUUUUUGCAAGAAUUAAAACCUUUCUAUAAGUCUUGUGAGAGCUGAAUAUUGAUGUUUGGAAAGUUGACUCAAUUAUAAAUUACACUAGAAUUUCGCUUGGAUCAGUAUGGUUGAUAACUACGAGAGUGGAGACUACGUUGCUGACCAGCAGAAUAGUCGCAAACCUAUGUCUACUGGUUUACACAUAAAUUGCCCACACGAUAUAAAAUCUGCUUUACAGUUUGCACUGGACAAUGGUUACCACUUCGUCGUAACUCAAAUUACCCAUCCCGGUUAUUCGCGGAAUUUGAUUAAUGGAUCUUUCAACGGACAAAUUGCUAGGACAGACAGAGUUCUGAAGGGUAGUGACUGGGGAAGACUAAUAGUAGCAGAAUUGACGAGAACAAUUAAUGUAGAUAGCGACAUAGAACAUGUUCGUCUGCAAAAUGAAGCGCUUUUAGAGCAAGAAUUGGCUUUUGCAUACCACCUAGGAGUUCCAGCAAUACAGAUACAUCUUCAACAGGCCAGGAAUACAAAUUUAGCAAAGAUACUUUAUGAAAAGAUAUUAUCUUGUUGUACUCUUUCGAUAUGGCUAACGAUACCCAUGGUACAUCCUUCAAACUACAGUAAAGUCUGUGAGGAACAUGAAAAACAAGAUUCUUGGGAGUGGUGGAAUGAUUUUAGAACCCUUUGCCGGUAUGAUAAAAGAAUAGGAUUAGUUCUAGAAUUGCCUGAUAUUAUGCAUAUUCCUUCCUCAGAUGAAAUUGACAGGUGGCUUGGGGAACCAGUGAAAGCUCUUUCAAUUAAUACUAGCCUUUUUGUUAGAAAUAUUCACGGUAAAACAGUUUUACCGAAGAGGAUCCAGGACGUUAUACAGAGAUUUAUGUCAAUUGAUGUGCAGUACAUCAUAAAAUCAAAUGAUACAGAAGAUAUAUCUGUUUACAAUAAAUACCUGUCAUUCUUGGGUAGGAAGUUGUACAAUCCUGGACCUAAUGAGGCUGUUUAUCGUGGAAUGGAGGAUUAUCUUCAAAACCCACUUCAACCUCUUUCUGAUCAUUUGGACUCCAAUAUUUACGAAGUGUUUGAGAAAGACCAAAUAAAAUAUACAACAUAUCAGAAUGCGAUUCAAAAAGCACUUCAAAAUGUUCCAGAGGAAAUAGAGACACCUGUUUUGAUGGUUGUAGGUCCUGGAAGAGGACCUUUAAUCCAAGCAAGUUUGAAUGUGUCUCACAUUCUUCACAGGCCAAUAAAAGUCUACGCUAUUGAGAAAAAUCCAUAUGCCUACAAUACUCUUCUAGAUCGAGUUGAAAAUGAGUGGGACAACAAAGUUGUUCUUGUUAACGAAGAUAUGAGAGUUUAUAAUCCUCCUGAAAAGGCAGAUAUUAUCAUUUCCGAGCUUUUGGGAUCUUUUGGUGAUAAUGAAUUAUCUCCAGAAUGUUUGGAUGGUGCACAGAGAUUUUUGAAAAAGGGAGGUAUAUCAGUACCAGCUUCUUAUAGUUCUUACAUUGCCCCCAUUCAAAGCACGAAAAUAUAUAAUGAAAUUCAUUCCAAUCGACAAGCUGAUAAAACCAUUUUAUCCUGCUUAGAGACACCGUAUGUUGUGCAUCUUGUGAACUUUUAUCAAAUUGAUAACCCAAAACCACUUUUUACUUUUAUUCAUCCAAACUGGGAUGAAUUCAGCACUAACAAAAGAUUUAAAAGAUUGAGUUUCCAUGCUAAGCUUAAUUGUUUAUUAACCGGUUUUGUAGGGUUCUUCGAUACUGUCUUGUAUGGUGAUAUAAUGCUUAGUACAAACCCUAAAAACCAUACCCCUAAUAUGGCGAGUUGGUUUCCUAUUCAUUUCCCCUUACCGGAACCUAUGCAGAUUAAGAAAGGUGAUAUUAUUGAAAUUGUUUUUUGGAGGUGUGAAUCGAAGGAUAAAGUGUGGUAUGAGUGGUGUGUGGAAUCUCCACGGAGGAGUUUUAUAGUGAACCCUAAUGGAAGAUCGAACUUUAUCACCAAGAUUUGUUAAAGUAUAUGUGGAACAUUUUAAUUGUGAUAAAUUACUUCGAGAAUUUGAAUUUAUUUUGCAGAAAGAGGUACAGCCUUUUAGUGUCUUCAUCGUCAAAUAUUGCUACCUCAUAUAUUACUCUUUAAAACUUGAUUGUCCACCGUAACUAUCAGAUAUGUUGAUUAUCGAAGAUUAUUCUGUACCUAAACGAAAUUGUUGUUUGUUACAUUAGUUCUCUUUGUGGAUUACGAGACUUUCGAAAUUUGAAAUAAAAAUUUCAAAGAA